GCCUCUCCGCCACCGUCACGUGACCAUGCACAUCGGGACGCGUUGGUCAGUAACUAUGGUAACGUCUCCCUCCACCCGGUGACUAGGACAAGCGGGGAGGAGCCAGAGCUGCGAUCCUGGAGGACGCGCCAUCAUCAUCAUCAUGAGCCAGACCCCAGAGGCCAGGGCUAGGGACAAUCAGACCAGACAGAUUCAAGAGUCGGUCAACAACGUAGAAAAGCACUUUGGGGAGCUUUGCCAAAUCUAUGCCGGGUACGUCCGUAAAACAGCGAGGCUAAGGGACAAAGCGGAUCUCCUGGUGAGAGAGGUCAAUGCCUAUGCCGACACCGAAACUCCAAAUCUCAAACAUGGACUGAAGGGUUUCGCAGAUGAACUUGCCAAACUUCAGGAUUAUCGACAGGCAGAGGUGGAAAGACUUGAAGCCAAAGUAGUUGAACCUCUAAAAAGCUAUGGAGCGAUUAUCAAGCUUAAAAGGGAGGAUCUUAAAGUGACCUUAAGUGCAAGAAACAGAGAAUCCAAGCAGAUGGCACAGCUGGAGAAAACACGUCAGAGAAACCCAUCGGAUCGGCAAAUCAUUUCACAGGCUGAAACAGAACUACAGAGAGCUACUAUGGAUGCAGCCAGGAUCAGUCGACAGCUGGAGGAAACAAUCGACAAUUUCGAAAAACAGAAGAUUAAAGAUAUAAAAAAAAUCUUUAGUGAUUUUGUAACAGUUGAGAUGUUGUUCCACGGGAAGGCUCUGGAGGUGUUGACUGCUGCCUAUCAGCAUAUCGAGGACAUUGAUGAGGAGGAAGAUCUAGAGGUCUUCAGAAGUUCCCUUCAUCCGCCGGACUUCCAGUCUCGCUUAGAUAUAGUACGUGCCAAUUCAAGGAUUGGAACAUCAAAGAAGAUGUCUGCUUCUUUAUCACAAAGUACUGGGAGCCGGCACAAAAAGAAGACAGAAGAGGCCGAGGAGGAAGAAGAAGAAAAUGAUCUUGACGAUGAGGAUGAUGAGUCCACAGACGGCUACAACUGACAUAUUACUUUAAGCAGUAAUUUCAUAGAAAACGUGUGAAAUAAUCUAUAAAUAUAUGACCAUCAUAUCAGUACAGUUUUAUGAUUUUCGGAUUUAUUCAGUCCGCAAGCAUUGAUGUUUUCUGGAUGUUUUACUUCAUUUGGAUUGGAUUCUCAGACUAUUUUAAAUACUGCCUUAAAGUUAAAUGUUGGGUUCCUUUACUGAAAUAUUGUGCACUGUUUUGGUUUCCGGAAAAAAAAAGAGCAGGAGAAAACUAUAUGCUGGCCUAUGGUCUGCCAGGGGAACUAGGGGAACAGGGCGUUUAGUGGCAUACUGUGAUGUCAAGUAUCAAAGGGGUACUCCGGCAGAAAACUUUUUUUUAUUUUUUUUAAAUCAACUGGUGUCAGAAAGUUAAACAGAUUUGUAAAUUACUACUAUUAAAAAAAAAAAAUAAUCCUUCCAGUACUUAUUAGCUGCUGAAUACUACAGAGGAAAUUAUUUUCUUUUUGGAACACACAAGCUCUCUGCUGACAUCAUGACCACAGUGCUCUCUGCUCAUUUUAGGAAGCAGCAUAUAUUUGCUAUGGGGAUUUUCUCCUACUCUGAACAGUUCUUAGAUGAACAGAGAUGUCAGCAGAGAGCACUGUGGUCAUGAUUGCAGAGAGCUCUGUGUUCCAAAAAGAAAAUAAUUUCCUCUGUAGUAUUCAGCAGCUAAUAAGUACUGGAAGGAUUAAGAUUUUUUUUUAAUAGAAGUCAUUUACAAAUCUGUUAAACUUUCUGGCACCAGUUGAUUAAAAAAAAGUUUUCCACAGGAGUACCUCUUUAAAGGGGUAUUCCAGGAAAUAACUUUUUUUUUUUCUAUAUCAACUGGUUUCAAAAAGUUAAACAGAUUUGUAAAUUACUUCUAUUAAAAAAUCUUAAUCCUUCCAAUAAUUAUCAGCUGAAGAAGUGGUUUGCUUUGGGGAUUUGCUUCUACUCUGGAUACAGGUGUCAUCACAGAGCACUUAGACAGAAAAGAACAACUCAACUUCAGCAGCUCAUAAGUACUGAAAGGAUUAAGAUAUUUUUAUAGAAGUAAUUUACAGAUCUGUUGUUAUAUUAAAAAAAAAAAAAAAAAGUUUUUUUCCUGGAUAACCCCUUUAAUCUGUUUUGAGUAUUUAGAGGUCACCCUGUGCCUUAAAUAUUUAAUACCUCACAGCUUUAGUAAAUAUUGCAGUUGUGUAACAUGUUGCCAAAAUGAUGCACUUCCAAGACGGAAUUCAAAUGCAAUGGUUAGAAUAGUAUUAUUUUAACGGCGUUCCAUGCGAAGGUAAACAUAUUUACUUAAAUGUACAAAAUGAACAGGAGAACAGGGAUCUAUUAGAGUGACUGUAGGCACGGACACUUCUCUUGAAUCUACCUUGUCCAUAUAUUUGCUUCCUUGUUAGCUGUAUGCCAGGGCACAAUGUAUAUCACAAGUGUUAAUAGGGUUAUCCAGCAUUAGAAUAACAUAGCUGUUGUAUUCCAAAAACAGUGUGUCGUACCUGUCUCCGGUUGUGUGCGGUAUUACUGCUCCA